GAUGAGUUUAACAGUACAACAAAUAGCAUUGUAUACAGUUUGCAUUCCUGUAAUUUUUGCUCUGUGUAUUUUGGCAGCUUUUUGUAAUAUAUUGGUAUUGUUAACACGAAUUAAAAUUAAAAAUCGAAGUGGAGCCUUGGAAUUAACAUUUUCCUUGGCCGUAUCAGAUAUUUGGACAUCAAUCGUUGUUGUUGCAUCAUUAUUUCUCAAUUCAUAUAUGCCUGUUGUUUUGGGUAUAAAUUACUCAUCCGUAUGUUUCUCACUUACUUUAGAGGCAUUUCGAACAGGUGGCCUAUUAACCGGUCUUCUUCACUUAGCCACAUUAGCAGUUUAUCAUUUGCUAUCUAUCACACAUCCAUUCGAUCAUGCUAAAUUAUUAAAUAAGCAUAAAACUCGAUUGAUCGUCAUUCUAAUUUGGUUUUUACCACCAUCAAUUCUUUUGAUGUAUUUUUCCGCUUGGCCUAAUCAAGGAUAUCGGAUUAAAGAUUGUUCGGUUGUCGAAUUUUAUGAUAUGCUUUAUUUUCGAAUGAUAAUUUCAAUUCUGAUUGUUGCACUUAUGUUAUGUACCGGACUGAUGUAUUGGAUGUUGCUUGAGAAGCUAAAUGAAUCUUUUGCAAAAUCUACCACAACAAUACGUAAACGCCGUAUAGUAACGGCGUCAGGCCUUAUUUUCGGAACAUUCGUCAUAGGAUGGUUACCGGCAUCGUUACUUUAUAUACUUACUGCGCGAGGUAUGCCACUUCAUCAUGUCAAAAGUAUUUGGUUGAAUAUAUUUGCUCUAACGACAUUAAUUUUAAUUAUGAUUAAAUCGAUCACCAAUCCUAUCAUUUAUGCAACGAGGUGA